CAGCUCUACUGUUUGAUUGAUUGUUGACAUAAUUGCUGCUAGAAACGAAGAAAUUCAGAAUAAUACCAAAGAUGUUCCAGGCAGAACAUGUAUGAACUUCUAAAACAAGUAAACAUUUAGUUUAUAGUCAUAAUACUCUAAACGAUGAGCUACUACUCACCCAGGAAAGAGCCUCGUGCCUUCACACCACAGGCUCAAGAGAACCUGCAGAGAAACAGGGGGACAAUGGGCUCUAUAUUCAACCAUGAAGAUAAUGUCAGGUCAGGCUAUUAUACAGCCAGGCCUGCACCGAGGGUUUCAUCGUCCGCGGAGUCCAAUGCGUUACAAGCCAAUGGUCGAAUGGACUCCAUCCUUGGGCAAUGUAAUGAAAACAUGAGGAAUAAAUAUGCAUCACCUAGACCGGAACCAAGAGUGAAACCAGAAGCAGAAGCAGUGGCUACCAGGAAUAAGGGCACAAUGGGGGACAUUAUGCAUAGUGGUGAACACAGGCCUAUGCCACAGGACCGGAAACUAGCUCCGCGAAGUGUUAAACCAGAAGCUGCUGAUAUCGCCAGGAAGAAUAGGGGAACGGUGAAUAAUCUAAUAGACAAUUAUGGCAAUUUGCCACAAAGCGCUCGGCCUGCUCCUAGGGUUAAACCCGAGGCGUCUGACGUUGCAGUAAAGAACAAAGGGACUCUGAACAAACUCCUUGAUAACUACGGCAACCUACCCCAGUCUGCCCGCCCAGAAUCACGGGUGAAGCCCGAAGCAGAGGGUAUUGCAAACAAAAGUAUGGGUGGAGCUAUGGCGAACUUAUUGCAAUCUAAGACCCCUAGAACUACCAGAUAUCACAGCAGGUCCACCACAACUAACUGGUAGAAUGUUCGACGACCUCCUUUCCACAUCCGACGGGGUUCAGCAGUACAUGCAUAUUAGGCGGGCUUACUAUAAAUCCUUUAAAUAUGCAAUUGCUGCAGUAAUCUGAAUUAAGAUAUCCAUUUUGACAGAUGCCUCAUUUCUAAAGACUACAUAUACAUGUAGCCCUUAUACUUCAAGUUAUAAGCGCCUACAAUCAAUAAAUGGAGUGUUUUAUAAUUAUUGAUUACAGUAUUUACGAGUAGUAUUAGAAACGAUUAUGUAACAGUUAAAUGUGCGGUUUUUAUUUGGUCAAAAGCGAUAUUUCUAGUGCAAUAACCCUUAGAAGCAACGCACAGAAGAAUUGUUUCUUUGUUUUUCAAGCCUGAAGAAUGUAACUUCUAGUGAACUGACCUUUUGACACUUCUGGCCACCUUGACCUUUAAACCUCAACCUGGAAAUAGAAAUAAGUACCUUACCUAAAGAACAUAUUCCUUCCACUUUGCAACACGGACCUUUUUAUGAUAAAAUAAGGCAUUAACAUGCAAAA